AAAAGGCGAGGAAACGGGAAAAGCACGAGGGCUCUGCGUUUAGGUUCAUUACCAGGAACUGUAACUGGUGAUUUUCCACGAACUACCCAAUAUCUUCUGGUUUUUUUCCAUUGCAUCCAUGAAAAGUUUCAGUCCGAUUUAUCGCUGAAGGUACCACGGCAGUGUCUGUGCUUUUCAAUCAGUGUGAUACCGGCGAUAGAGAGAAUUAAAUAUUAUAAGAGAGUUUCUGUGAACGAAUGAUUUUUAUCGCUAGCUUUGGGAAUCACGUAUAACGCGACAGGCAACUGUCCGUGACUGUACUCGUAGGUGAAGCCAUUCUGCAAGCAUGGACUUCGCAAGCCUGUUCUCCAGACCCCCAGACUGCGUAGAUCCCAAGAGCCCCUCGCACCUGCCACCCGCGGCUGUAGGAAGAUUCGUGGAACAUUUUACAUUUUAAUUUAAUGUGAAGAUAAACUACACCACUCCUAGCGCUUCUGGCGGUGUGUCAUCAGCAAAUCUCCUCUUCAGACAGAUAUUGGCUUUAACGUUCUGUGCGUAAUUUAUUACGUUUCGUACGCAAUUUGAGGAUUUUGCGUAUUUAUUUACUCUGCGUCGUUUCGAUUGUCCUUCUGUCUCAUGCAUCAUGUUUUGCAGUUUUUUUAUAACUGAGUUUUUGGGCAGCCAUUGUAUCAUUUCACAUUUUUUUAUUUGGAAGCUCGAACUAAUUUUUAUAAUACAUUAAACUAUUGCAAUCUUCACUUUAAGAAAUGAUUUGUGUCAGCGGGUUGGAAUUAAAAGGAAGAGGGGAAAACAGGGGAAGAGAGAAGAUGAGAAAGGCAGCAAGGCUGAAGAAAUUGCCCCCCAGAUGAAGAACAAUGAGGGCAGAUCGGUGUCACAGCACGAUGAACCGCAGCAUGGAGCCGACUGCCACAGGCAGCGUCGCAGCUACCAGGAGGAGCUGGAGCAGUAUCGCAGGAUUCAGGUGGAGGCGUCGGGACCGGACCAGCACCAGGAACCGCACCAGAACAGACACGAGGAGGAGAACGUGCGGAGGCCUGACAGUGGGGGCCAAGCUAGACAGGGCCCCAGCCAGGGGGGACAGGGCAAGAAGAAGAAGAAGAAGAAGAAGAAGAAGGGGGGGGGAGCUCAGCAUGGCAGCUGUCAUCAGAAGCCCCCUGGGUUUGUGAAGAAGCCCUUCAUGUCACAGGAGUUCAUCAGCCAACAUGCUGUGGAGCACAGAGGCCGCCUCAUCUGCAAGUACUUCCUGGGUGGGCGGUGCCUCAAGGAGGACCAGUGUAAAUUCGAGCAUGAGCUGGUGAUCCUGGACAAGAAACAAGAGCUGUGCAAGUACUACGUGCAGGGUUUCUGUACUAAGGGAGGGAGCUGCAUCUACAUGCACAAUGACUACCCCUGUAAGUUCUUCCACACAAGAACAAAAUGCUAUCAGGGGGAGCACUGCAAGUUCUCUCACGAUCCUCUGACAGAGACCACCAGACCUUUGCUGGAGAAGGUCCUGAACAAAAGCGAGGUGCGUUCAGUGAAUGCAGAGCAGGAGAGGUGUGAGGACAGGCCGUCCUCUGUAAAAGCCCCCGCCACUCUGCCCGGCGCCGGCCCCACACCGGACCUGGGCUUCAGGUUCUACAGCUCCUGUCUUCCGGAUCACAGACUCCAGGUGCCUUGGGCUUCAGGGGCUGCUGUGGAUGGCCAGCACGUGAGCGCUCCCUGUGGGAGCAUCUCCAGGGCCCAGGCAGCUCCGCCCCUACAAAGAGAUGUGCCGCUCCACUUUGGGGACAGUUCCCCGCACAGUGGGGUGCCCCCACAGCAGGAGGAGCUCUCCAAAGGCCAGGAGCUGAGGGACACCCCCGCUGAGAUCCCUCUGAGGCCAUUAUUGGGCUCGACCCCCCGGGACCCCCGGCCGCUGGGCACCGCUUCCACCCCCGUUGCCUUGUCUUUCCCAGCCUUCGCCCGCCAGCUAGGGUGGCCACAUGAAGACUGCACUGCCACCUACCUGCCAGCAGUUGUCACUGCACUCUAUGAUCCUCCAAAGGAUGCCCCCCCAGAGGAAGUCGAGCACCUCACCGCAGCCCCCGUAUCUUUGACCCCGCCUCUUCCCACCAAAUUCCCUGUCUCUUUAACCCUGCCUCCCACAACCACUCCUCCUAUGUCUCUGACCCCGCCCCCCACAGCCACGCCCCCUGUCACUCUGACCCUGCCUUCCUCAGCCACGCCCCCUGUCACUCUGACCCUGCCUUCCUCAGCCACGCCCCCUGUCUCUCUGACCCUGCCCCCCACAGCCAUGCCCCCUGUCACUCUGACCCUGCCUUCCUCAGCCACGCCCCCUGUCACUCUGACCCUGCCUUCCUCAGCCACGCCCCCUGUCACUCUGACCCUGCCUUCCUCAGCCACGCCCCCUGUCACUCUGACCCUGCCUUCCUCAGCCACGCCCCCUGUCUCUCUGACCCUGCCUCCCACAGCCACGCCCCCUGUCUCUCAAUUCCCGCCUCCUCCCACCACACCCCCUGGCUCUCUGUCCCAGCCUCCCCCUGCCGCACCCCCUGAGGGAGGUGACCAGGCCCCUGCAGUACACAACCUGCCCGUCCAGGUGCUGAUGCCUUGGAGCCGGGUGGCCCCGUCCAGCAGACCGCCGGAGCCGGCCCAGGUGGGCUGCAGUGGCCUCUUUCAGGACAUCUUUAAGAGGCCGCUCCCCUUGCUGUCUGCCAGCGACUGGCCCCUCUAGCGGGAACAAGCUGCCCUGCACAGCAAAACCUUCAUCGUGCUUCAGAUUUUAUUUUAAUUACUUGCAGCGGCUAAUUAAUCACUUUUGGACAUUUUUAAUUUGUGGCAAAUUGCCUCAGACUCCCUGUCCUGUCAGCACCCCUCAGAAUGGCUGGGAAACACUGACUGGUGGAUUUUAAAAGUGACUCCCCCCCCCCUUCAGAAGCAGCAGUGUGUUCCUGCUGCAGGAAAGGGGCCUUAGUGGCUGAGCGACCCCUGCCCCCCCCCCCCCCCAAGCAGCCGCUCUGUCAGGUAUGAAAUGAAACCGGUAGAUUUUAAAAAAUGUUUUUCAAGUGAAGCCGAUUUUUUUUCCUUUGUGUGUCAUAAUUUUGCCGCCUUACUGUGACUGGCUUAUUCUUAUUUAUUAUUAGUUACACUUAUUUGUCCAUUUUCAUCAUUUGCAUUUUUAAGGUGAUUACAGAGGGGAGCUGAAGCAUCCAUUUUGCCUUUAAAUACUCCCUCCCUUUUCCAUGACUUAACAUGAACUGUACGUGCACCCCCCAAAGCCCGGUGUUCACUGUACAGCUGUAGCGCGAUUCUUUACUGAUAAUUUACAGUGUAUCAUGCUGAAUAUGCAAAUACCCGAAAUAUAUGUGAGUAACAAAUAAAACUGAGCUACUGGAUGUGGUUAUUA